AUGUUUGCUGCCCCAGCUGGGAACACGCAUGGAGCUACUUUCUAUGGUGCAGCUGCUGUCUCUGAAGCUCUUGGUGGCAGUUGGUGGCUACCAGAAGGAUGUGGAAAAUGCUACAAAUUGGAAGGCCAAUCAAACAUUCCAGGCCACGAUACAUCCACUAUUACCACUGUCGUGGUAAAGGCAACCAAUUUUUGUCCUCCAGCCAAUCCAGCAUGCAGCAAUGGCGCAAUUCACUUUGACUUGGCUGCCCCUGGAUUUGACUUUGCUGGUAACAGCAUCAGCAAUACUUGUGAGGACCGAGAACCUGAUGAGAAAGCUGGUUUCGCUGCCUGUGGCGGGUGGAUGAUUGACAGCCAAGAUCCAAAUGAGGGAUGUGACUGCAACACCUUCAACAAUGCUGUUCUGAGGGAUGGUUGUGAAAACUUUAAAUCCCUGCAGUGGAACAAUCCAAGUGUGCAGUAUGAAGAAGUUGAUUGUCCCUUGGAGCUGGCACAGUUGCCAUGCUGGGAAGAGAAUGGAAACACUUAUCCAUGGCCCGACGUCCCUGCCCUUUGUGCAGACCCAUUGGUAAACAGCAACCCUGUCCCCAGCCCACCUGCUACCCCGGCUGCUCCUACCAAUCCACCCACUCCAAAUCCUACCAACCCACCUGUUAACCCUGCGCCUACCAAUCAACCCACUAAAAAGCCUACACCUGCACCUCAGACUCCAAAUCCGACCAACCCUCCUGUCAGUCCAACCCCUGCAAGCAGCGAUGCUUGCUGCAGUAUCGACUUCAAAACAUGCGGGGGUGGUUGUGAUUCUGUUGGUGAAUGUGCAAGCUGCGGUGAGCGUGUCUGGCUUCCCACUGGCGACCUCACCAGUUCCUGUAUCCCGCGCUGGACGGGAGGAUGCAAUAGUGAUUCUGACUGUUGCCAAGGAUUGUACUGUGAUACAGUAAGCAACCAAUAUUGGCUCAGUUGUCAGUUGCAGGUCUAG